AUGAUACAAGUCGUAGAGCCACCGCUCAGCCCCAGGAGGGCUGUAGAAAAACAAAAAUACUACACCCUGGGUCAUCAGAAAAGGAAGCAGAAUCCCAAUGUGGACUUUUCUACAGUAAAUAAGGGGACGUAUGCAAACUUAAAAUCCAGAGGAGCACUGAUGCAAGUGCUGUUCAACCAGGGACCAUCAGACAAGAUUAACACCACUGAGGAGCGAGGCAGUGCUGGUGGAAGCCAGGCCCAGGUGGAGGCAUUGAAACACGCUCUGGAGUCGUUCUCUGUGCCUGCUGAGCUCAGCUGGAAGUGGGGGGGAGGUGGAAGAUCUGAGGCAAUGGAGAAGAGCUGGACAGACAUAGUGCCCUCUCAUGAGUCAAUGACAAAAAAGCAGAGGCACCAGCAGGAGGCGCUGUGGGAACUGCUCCACACUGAGCUGGUCUACAUUAACCAACUCACCAUCAUCAUUAAGCUUAUUCUUGGUGCUCUGGAUUAUGUUCAUCAAGAAGGCUUCCUUAAUGAGAUUACCUCUGCCCAGCUCUUUUGUCACCUACCGUCCAUCCUCCAGGCACAUCAGCUGUUCUGGCAGGAUGUGCUCUACCCAAUGUUGCUGAGUACCAGACUGACCGGACACCCUUUUGACCCCUUAAUGCUCAAGUCAGGAUUUUUGCGGUUUUCUAAGCGUUUCACUGCAUAUUCGGAUUAUUGUUGGAUGCAGGAAAAAAAUAUGGAAUUCACGCGCACACAGCUGGAAACAAACCUGCACUUCAGUGUUUUUCUACAGUGGGUAGAGUCUCACCCCUACUGCGGGCGAAUGCGGAUGGGCGACAUGCAGGCGAAACCCCACCAGAGGAUUACAAAGUACCCACUACUUUUGAAGGCCAUCCUGAAGUCAACACAAGACUCUCAAACGCAGUCUGCGCUUAACUGCAUGCAUGACAGUGUCAGUCAGUUUCUGGAAAGCAUUAACAACUACCUCCAAAUCAGGGACGAUAGGUUUGCCCUCGUUGCUCUUUCCCAAAGGAUAGAGGGGUAUGAGAUGGUGGGAUUAAAUGAAGAAAUAGACAAUUAUAUACAGGAGUCCUGUCGCUUCGAUUUAACAAGCGCCGUACGUGGGACAGGACCCAAUGUCGUACGGAAACUAAUAUUGGGGGAGACCCUAAAGGUUAGAGGCAGUAAGGACAGUAAGCUGGAGGUGGUGAUGCUGCUGUUUACGGACGUUUUGCUGCUCACCAAAAGCCAUAAAAAAUCGGAGAAGCAGAAGGUCGUGCGCCCCCCACUGUCCUUGGAGAGAGUACGGUGUGUCCCACUCAAAGAUGGCUUCUCCUUUCUGUUGGUCGAGAUGAGUGAUCUGGGCUGUGCUGUCAGUGUGUAUAGUGUCACUGCCCCCAGUCCUGAGAGCUGUACAGCCUGGAUCUCUUUUAUCCGCCAAGCCCAGGAAACCUUGGAGACUUUACGGAAUACAGAAGAAAUCCUACAAGAAGAGUCCAAAUCGAUUUCCUCAGAGAAACCACCAGACUUUAAAAGAACAAAAGAAAACAGAUUAGAUGAUGGACAUUUGCUGCAAACAAAUAAGGAAGAAUUAAAUAGUGAAGCAGCACAAAAUCAUGAAGAAAGUCUGGAAAGUGAAAGUGAACUCAUGGAGGAAAGUGACGUUUCGGGCAGUCAGAGACUUGAACGACGGGUGACGUGGAAUCAUGUACCAAAGUCGCGCAAAAAUUCCAGUGAUACUUCACAAAACGACUUCUCAUCACUUACCAAAUAUGUGCCAGAAGAACCUGUUGAUGGUAGUUUACUCUGCAAGUCACCAUUAUCACCUGUCACUGACUUGUGGAACGAUUCCUGGUUCUUCCAAGACAGUGAUGAAACCACAGCUCCCAGUGAACCGCAGGCAUUUAGCAGGGCAGUAAGAUCAUCCAGGUUACCAAGGAAGCGUCCCAUGAGCGCUCAGCCCUUUGGUUCAAAUCAGAGCACCAUGAGAACGUCAAGUAGGAACGGAUUCUCAACGUCCCGAUCCAACAGAACAUCCUCCACAAGCUCAGAUUGUGAUGUGCCUCACAGCCAUGGCAGAUUCUCUGAUUCUUCUUCCAAGCUGCAGGACGCUGUAGUUCUCAAGCUGGGCUCCUUAAAGCAGAACGGAAGGGGUUUCUGGAAUGAUCUGACUGAGACGACAUCACCAGACCCACAGACUCCCUCUAAUACAGAACUGCUCAAAGAAACAAAAACGCAGAUCAAUGGCUCUGUAUCUAACGCUCACACCGCAUCACUGAGCAUGCUCAGUCCUUCAACUGGACAGGGAUUUGACCCUGACCUGUCUCUCUCCCCUUUGCAAGGCUCUCUGAUGAGGGCUCUAAAGCGAGAAAAGAAGCGUGAAUUAUUAAAACAAAAACAGGAGCCUGUUCAAACCCCUGUAAUCGUCCAUCCUAUUCCAUCACCAUCACUCACUGACACAGAACAGGAGUCAGAGGGAGAGGAGAUGGAGCUGUUCACAGCAAGAAGAAUCUUUUUUUCGGACAUAGAGAUGGAAAUCAGCGUGGAUGACACUGAGAUCGAGGAUGUGGAAAGACCUGACACUCCAGUGGGUGUGAACGUGGACUGGCCUAGCUGGUACAAUAAUGAAGAUGAGACGCUGGAGUAUUUGGAGAGUGAUGAAAGAUCAGUAGACUGGUUUGAACACACACUGACUGGAGUGGAGCUCCAGCAAGCCAGUCAUGAGGGCGAGUACAGCGAGGUCUGA